GUCAGUCUUCGCCAGUCACGGAUGUGGUGCGGACGUGUUAUUAGUCUGGCGCUAGCACGCGUUAGCGUCCUGCCAAAGUCAGAGCGAAUUAGCGCUAGUUUAGAAUUAGUAGAGACAGUAUCAGGCAAGACGGUUCUAUAUCGAAGGUCGAUUUUCACAAGAGUUUCACCGGUGUGUCCGAUUCGUGUGGAAGUAUAAUUCGGUCCUUGUGGCAAGAGCAUUAAAUAGCAAUUUUGAAAGGAGGCCUUGAAAGACAGGGAGAGAAGAACAAUAAGAGAGACGCUCGUAAAACUGGUGACGACCGUACUUGCGUCUCGACGCUCUGCGGAGUAAAGGACUAUAGUGUAUAUAUAUAACACGAGGAACUGUCAGUAUGUAUUGAGAUCCAUGCCCGAUGCACUUGGCCAAGAAGAGGAUUGUCCACUGUCUGGACUUGAUUAAACUUGGGUAACCUUCCAGGUGGAUCGAGAUCAUCAUGGGCUGUUGCGCUUGUUCCGAUGAUGUUUCUAGCAAGAUCGAACCCUCCACUCCCAAGUCCGACGAGGAGGAUGGCGAUCAAAUCUUCGCGAAAGACCGAUCCUGCACAGACGUAAUAGCACUGAUAGUGCUGAUUGUCCUCGUGGGAGCCUUUGGAUUCUUCCUGUCAAUAGCCGUGAAGAAGGGCGACGUCUAUCGUCUUGUCAAUGGAUACGAUGAUUGUGCGAACGUCUGUGGACGUAUCACCAGCAAAGAAACCAAUCCUGAAUUCAGUUGCAAGGGCGCCGACAUGACUAAAUUCCCGUAUCUACAAGUGACCGUAGGUGCUAAUGGAGUGAAGACCAGAAAAUGCGUAGCUGAUUGUAGUUCCUUGCCAGACCAUGUGAUGCUGUUGAAUCGCUGUGUGCCAAAGACCGUAGCAGACACGGGUGGAUCGAUAGUAAAAAGUUUGGGACUGCACAAUUUUUUCCACAAUGUUUAUCGAACUUUACAGGAAGCGACGACUGACCUGAGCAUUGUCUGGCGUGAAUUGAUUUAUUUACUCCUAAUUGCACUAGCUAUAUCACUCUUCAUCCUGAUUUGCUUCCGGUAUAUCGUUCAAUAUGUCAUUUACAUCGUUCUGAUUGGCGUCGUUGUAAUAUGCAUUGGCGGUACGGUUUAUCUCUGGAUGGCCUGGCAUUUGGAAAAAAAGGCUGUGACGUCCGGAUCGAUUAAUUCUGAAGACGGCAGUGUACAAUCGUACUUGAUUUAUGCAAUAAUAAUGUCGAUAGUCACUGUCAUAACGAUUCUGGUUGUACUCGUAAUGCGCAGAAGGAUCGCCCUGGUUUUGCAAUUAUUUCGAGAAGCUGGAAAGGCCGUCUACUCCAUGCCGGCUCUUCUUCUCCAGCCAAUUUAUACAUACCUAGUAGUCGGUCUGACAGUAUUAGCAUGGAUCUACUGUAUGCUAUGGAUAGAAAGUUCAGGCGAUCUUUACAAAAACCGCAAGAACCAUCUUCACUAUAAGAAAGACGCAUACAUCUUGACUGCCAGAUGGUACAAUAUAUUCCUAUUUUUCGUGAUGUGCGAAUUUUACCUGGGAUGUCAACACGUGGUGGUCGCAGGAGCAGUAGCCAGAUGGUUCUUCACUAGAAAAAAGAGUCAUCUCUCGCUGGCGGUAACACGUAGCUUCGGCGCAUUGAUAAGAUACCACUUGGGCACCGUGGCAUUCGGAUCAAUGAUCAUUGGCUUUGUCAGACUCAUCAGGGCACUUUUGUCCUUCAUUCAGAACAGAUUGAAGAGUUACAAUAACGAUCUGGUGCGUGGGAUACUCUGGUGCUGUCAGUGCUGCCUUUGGUGUUUCGAAUGCGCCCUCAAGUUCCUCACAAGAAAUGCCUACAUAGAGACUGCGAUAUAUGGAUGUAGUUUCUGCAGGGGUGGAAAGAAAGCCUUUCAAGCAUUGUCAAAUAAUAUUUUGAGGGUGGCUGCCAUAAACAGCGUCGGUGAUUUCGUUCUGUUCCUGGGAAAAGUAUUGGUCGUUGCUCUAACCGUCGUAGCUGGAGUCUUUCUCAUUCAGAAGAAAGAUGGGAUACAGCAUCCUUGGGUGCCCAUUACCCUGGCCGGCAUAUUCGCACUUCUCGUGAGUCACUGCUUCAUUUCCAUUUACGAGAUGGUCAUAGACUCCAUAUUUAUUUGCUUCUGCGAGGAUUGCGCGAAAAACGAUGGGAUCAACAGACCUUACUUCAUGAGCAGAGGAUUAAUGGAGUUCGUCGAGAACAGCAAGAAGGCAUUGCGCCAAUUGGAGGAUCGUCAACAGACGCCGACCACGUAAAAGUGCCCACGUAAAUAAGCCUUUGAGUUUAUCUGGCUGCCUUCCAUCUGAAGACCAUUGGCAUCCGGAUGUCCGUCUUAUCACGCACACCUUGUUAUACAUUGCUCGAUAGCGAGAAACUUUUGUACUGAACUGUCCGUGAUGCUCGGAUCGUGUAGGAUCUGUGGGCAUUCUUGACAGUGCGUUAACAUGGAAACAGUUCGCUUAAGCAGCGGGUUGUUCGGCGAACAAAUUAUUUUAAUAGAAUAACGGACGCAUUCCUGUUCGUAUUUCUUAUUCAAUGUAAACUGGACUAUUAUCUGUUCGGUAAUAAUGAAUUGUAGGAAGGAUCGAAAUCUCGCUUAACGUUAAGAGUUACAUUCCAAUAAUCACUAUGAAGACUGUUCAUGAUCUUGAGUAACGUGUUAAUAUUUUUUUACCUGCGGUUGUGUAUCUCUUUCAUGAAGUAAGUGAAAAAAAUAAUGAAUAAAAGAUAUAAUCGCUUGGAA